GCGCAGUCCGAGGGGAGACCGUGUGAAUACAACUCCAAAAUCUACCAGAACGGUGAAAGCUUCCAGCCGAACUGCAAACACCAGUGUACGUGCAUCGAUGGGGCUGUGGGCUGCAUCCCGCUCUGCCCGCAAGAGCUCUCUCUUCCUAACCUGGGCUGUCCCAGCCCCAGGCUGGUCAAAGUCCCCGGGCAGUGCUGCGAAGAGUGGGUCUGUGAUGAGAGCAAGGAUGCGCUGGAUGAGCUGGAAGGCUUCUUCAGCAAAGAGUUUGGUCCGGAUGAUUCCGAAGGCGAACUAACCAGGAACAAUGAGCUAAUUGCCAUCGUGAAAGGAGGCCUGAAAAUGCUACCUGUUUUUGGAUCCGAGCCACAAAGCCGAGCUUUUGAGAAUCCCAAAUGCAUUGUGCAAACAACCUCCUGGUCCCAGUGCUCAAAGACGUGUGGAACUGGCAUCUCCACAAGGGUUACCAACGACAAUCCCGACUGCAGGCUCAUCAAAGAGACCAGGAUAUGUGAAGUGCGGCCAUGCGGCCAGCCUAGCUAUGCCUCCCUAAAGAAGGGAAAAAAAUGUACCAAGACUAAGAAGUCCCCAUCCCCAGUGAAGUUUACUUAUGCCGGAUGUUCCAGCGUGAAGAAGUACCGCCCCAAGUACUGUGGCUCCUGCGUGGAUGGCAGGUGCUGUACGCCCCAGCAGACCAGGACUGUCAAGAUCAGGUUCCGCUGUGAUGAUGGGGAAACCUUCACCAAGAACGUCAUGAUGAUCCAGUCCUGCCGAUGCAGCUACAACUGUCCGCAUGCGAAUGAAGCUUAUCCCUACUACAGACUGGUCAAUGACAUUCACAAAUUUAGGGACUAAAUUGUGUUGGGGGUGGGGUGCUAAACAGAAUUUUGAAGUAACCAGCCGUGGAGAAAGGACCUUUGAUGGAAAUGGUGCCUUGCCCAUUUGAGGGCAACAUCGAGAUGUUACAAGAGUGCACUGUGCAACUGGACAGUAAUGCAACAGAGAUUUAAGCAUACUUAAAGCUUCAUAGUACUGGAGCAACUUUACUGCUUCUUUUUGGAGCACCUUACCUAAUUAUAUACUGUUUUCUGUUUGUAAGUGAUCAGAUAAAUGUUUUGUUCCGGUUAUGAAAACUUCUUCUCUAUCCUGUUCAAUUUAACACUAUGCUUCUCCCCCUCCCUCCACCUUCCUCCCUUUCCCAACCAAGUUGGAAGUCACAUUCCUUCCUGAGGUGGGCACUUGUGGGGUGUUCACAGUGGCAGCUAUUAUGUACCAACUGUAGUUUAAUGGCAAACAGAAAUCAGUUGUUUUAAAGCUGAGUAUUUUAUUUAUCAAACUGUAGCUUUUUUUUGUUUUUCUUUGAUUUUUUUUUUUCCCCCCCCUUCCAGCCCCUGUAAUACUGGAAUAAGUUGUAAAUGAUUUUAAUUUUAUAUUCAAUGAAUUAAAAGAAUUUAUUUAUGGAAUUAAUCAUUUAAUAAAGAAAUAUUU